AUGACGGUCUUAGAGGAACUUGAACAGGACAUUUCCGCCUUGAGGGAAGAAAAAUUUAAAACUUUAUUUGACCAAUUUCCACAACUUUACAGUUUAUUACACAAUGACCAACAGGAUCAAUUUGAAAAUAAUGUGGAACAUAUGGGGAAUGAUUCUGUAGAGACUCAUAAUGACAAGGAUUUUCAGACCCCAAGGAAGAAAUCACGGAUCGUUUCAGGAGGUGAUAAUUUACCAGAAUCUGAAUGGGUGCUGAGGAAUCAAAUCCCUCUAGAACACCAAAUGUUUGAUGAUAGUAUUAUCGGCGAAAUGGAUGUUGAUAUAUUAUCAUCGCCGUCAAAGAGAAAAGCCGAAUUACAAAAGAUAGAAUUGGAUAAACCCAAAGGUGACAAACUUCGAAAUAAAGUCCUCAUUGAAAAUAUGUUUCGUUUAUUCGGAAUUACAUUUUUCCCCCUAGUCGAUCCAACAGAUCUUAAAUUAAAUGAUGAAACUCAAAAUAUUGAAAUCACAAGACAGAUGCUUGGAAUUCGUCUGGAUAUAUUCAAUAGUAAGAAUUCAACCUUUGAUAAAGCCUAUUAUAUUUUAUUAAAAAAUUCCAAUAAAACAAAAGGAAAACAAAUAGAAAGUACAAGUUCUGGGAAAUGGGUAAUAUUCAAACAUACCAUACCUGUGUAUAUAGAUAUCGAAAUGAUAAUGCGUGAUUUGAAUACUAGCAAUUCAUCCUCAUACGAAGAAGUAUACAUUUUUGCUAAAGAAAUAUACAUUUUAUUGCUAGAUAGUAUAGAGCGAAGGAAACUAUUUGAAUCAUUAGAGCUUAAGGGCUUAAUUACUAACCUUAAGAACGACAUAGAUUCAACAAGUGUGUUCUUUUCUUUAGGAAGCGUCAAAAUACAAUUGUAUUUAGAUAAAAAUAUGAUCACUUCAUGUUUGAUUACUCAAGGCUUACAAGAUGAGCUACUUAAAAAUAAAUGGGAAACCAUAUUGAACGGCCCAUUGGAUGAGCUCGAAUUCAAAAUAAAACAAUUACGUUAA